AUGGCGGAAACUGCCGCAAGGGAGGACCCCAAGCAGGGUGAUUCCGAUGAUGCGCUUACUGAGACUUCAUCAAAUGCCGGUUUGUUAGCGACCAUUCCCAAGGGCACCAUGGACCCUGUAUACGAGGCAAAGGCCCGGUUGUUGAACAAGGCCAUCCUCGACAUUGGGAUGGGCUGGUAUCAAUGGCAGCUAUUCAUCGUCAUCGGCUUCGGUUGGGCUAGCGAUAAUAUGUGGCCGGUCAUCACUUCCCUCAUUUUUACUCCUGUGAAGAACGAAUUUAUGCCAUCUAGAGCUCCAUAUCUCACAUUGGCGCAAAACCUGGGAUUACUAGCUGGAGCCGUCUUCUGGGGGUUUGGAUGCGACAUGUAUGGGAGAAAAUGGGCGUUUAAUCUGACGAUUGGCAUCACAGCUGUGUUUGGUCUGGCCGCUGCGGGUUCGCCCUCUUUUGCUGCCAUCGGAGUCUUUGCUGCGUUGUGGUCCAUUGGAGUAGGGGGUAACUUGCCGGUAGAUUCCGCAAUCUUCCUCGAAUUCCUCCCUGCAACACACCAGUAUCUUCUUACAAUUCUUUCCAUCGAUUGGGCUCUGGCGCAGGUGCUGGCAAACCUCGUCGCCUGGCCGCUGCUUGGGAACUUCUCAUGCCAGGAGAAGACAGAAUGCACUCGAUCUGCAAACAUGGGUUGGAGGUACUUCCUGAUCACUAUGGGAGGUAUUUCAUUCAUCAUGUUUUUCCUGCGAUUUGCCUGCUUCACUAUAUUCGAAUCACCAAAAUACUUAAUGGGUAAGGGCCGGGAUGAAGAUGCCGUCCGCGUCGUACAUGAAGUUGCUAGGCGAAACGGCAAAACGUCUACCCUCACAGUCGAAGAUCUUACACGCCUAGGGCCUCCGAUCAAGAGUAGCGCCGUGGAUGCCGUGCAUCGGAACCUCCAGAAAUUUGAUCUUCAACAUGUUAGAGCUCUAUUUGCGACACCGCUACUGGCCGUGUCUACCUCACUCAUAAUCACUGUUUGGGCAUUCAUUGGCCUCGGUUUUCCCCUAUACAACGCCUUCUUGCCCUUUAUCCAGGCCUCGCGAGGCGCAGAUUUUGGCGACAGCUCCACCAACAUCACAUACCGGAAUUCUCUCAUUAUCGCCGUGCUUGGGAUACCGGGUUCUCUCGUUGGUGGUGCUCUCGUCGAGGUUCCCCGUUUCGGCCGCAAGGGAGCACUCUCACUAUCCACCACGCUGACAGGUGUAUUCCUGUUCCUGUCUACCACCGCUACAACCUCCAACGCGCUGCUAGGUUGGAAUUGUGCGUACAAUUUCAUGAGCAAUAUCAUGUACGCCGUCCUUUAUGCAUAUACGCCUGAGAUCUUUCCGACAAAGGACCGAGGGACGGGUAAUGCCCUGACAGCUGCGGCAAAUCGGAUUUUUGGCGUCAUGGCACCUAUUAUUGCAAUGUUUGCUAACCUGCAGACUGCUGCGCCGGUAUAUGCUAGCGGUGCUUUGUUCAUAGCAGCCGGGAUUUUGGUUGUAUUUCAGCCCUUCGAGUCUAGGGGGAAGGCUAGCUUGUGA